AUGGACAUCUCGGAGGACCUUAUCGUCCCGUAUGACGGGCAAAUAGUGGGGUUUGCAGGAGAAAGGGUUGAUACCAGAGGAUAUUUGGAGUUGAGGACGAGGUUGGGAACCGGCCGUUCCAGUGAGGAGAAAAGGGUUCGAUAUCUGCUGGUCGAGGCUAACACCUCGUACAAUGCAUUACUCGGACGGCCAUGCUUGAACGCGUUCGAAGCAAUUGUCUUGACGCCCCACCUCACGAUGAAGUAUCCCUCCGAGAAGGGGGCUAUAUGCACUGUUCGGGCGAAUCAAAAGACGGCCCGAGAGUGCUAUGCCGCGGGAUUGAAGUUGCACACCCGGCAAUCGAAGCGGAGGGCGGUCGGUUCGGAGGUAGCCAUGGCGGAUCUCGAUCCCAGGACGAACACGGAGGACCGCCUCGAACCGAUGGGAGACACCCAACCUGUUUUAAUAGGUAGGGAUCCUACCCAGACGACCGUCAUCGCCAGAGAAAUGAAUCCUGGCUUGGAGAAGGAGUUGAGGGCAAUCCUAUGGAAAAAUAGAGAUUUAUUUGCCUGGACGGCGGCCGACAUGCCGGGGAUCCAUCCCGCGGUCAUGUGCCACAAACUCUCACUCUUCAAAGACGCCCGCCCGGUCGCACAGAAGAAGCGGAGGAUGGGCGAAGAAAAACGAGAGGUCGUUCAAGAGGAAGUGAGGAAAUUGAAGGAAGCUGGGUUUGUCCGAGAGGUCACAUAUACUACGUGGUUGGCUAACGUAGUAAUGGUGAAAAAAGCAAGUGGGAAGUGGCGCAUGUGCACUGAUUACACGGACUUGAACAAAGCUUGCCCCAAAGACUCUCACCCCUUACCCAGCAUAGACGCCCUGGUUGACGGCGCAUCCGGGCAUCGAGUUUUAAGUUUCUUGGAUGCUUACUCCGGGUAUAACCAAAUACCAAUGUAUGGGCCGGACGUCGAAAAAACGGCGUUCAUCACGGAAAAAGCUAACUUCUGUUAUGAAGUAAUGCCAUUUGGCCUGAAGAACGCGGGGGCGACAUACCAACGCCUGAUGGACAGGAUCUUCCGGGAACAGAUAGGCCAGUGCAUGGACGUGUAUGUGGAUGACAUGGUAGUCCGGUCCUCGGAUGGAGAGGAACACAUUAAGGACCUUGAAGAGGUGUUUCGCCAAGUAAGGAAAUUCGGCAUGCGCUUAAACCCCGCCAAGUGUACAUUUGGGGUAGCUGCCGGAAAGUUCUUGGGCUUCAUGUUGACAUCCAGGGGGAUUGAGGCUAACCCGGACAGGUGUGACGCGAUACUGCAAAUGCAAAGUCCGGCCACCCUUAAGGAAAUCCAAAGACUGGUCGGACGCCUCACUGCCUUGUCGCGAUUUAUCCCCAAGCUGGCGGAAAGAAUGAGACCGGUCCUGUGGAAACUGAAGAAAGGAGCCGGCCCGGUAUGGGACGACGAGUGCGAACGAGCGUUUCAGGAUGUAAAAACCAUCCUUGUCAACCCGCCGGUCGUGAACCGCCCGGUAGCAGGAGGAGACUUACACAUUUUUCUGGGGGUAUCAGAGACGGCCAUUAGUGCCGUGUUGAUGCAGGAACAGCCUCAGGCGAGGCUAAUUUACUUUGUGAGUCGAACGCUCCUAGACGCCGAAACCCGUUAUCAACGAGUAGAAAAGGUGGCGUUGGCCUUGUUAAACGCGUCUCGAAGGCUCCGCCCUUACUUCCAAAGUCACCAGGUCAUAGUCAGGACCGACUUCCCUAUCUCCAAGAUCCUCAGAAAGCCGGACUUAGCCGGGCGGAUGGUGGCAUGGGCGGUAGAACUCUCAGAAUUCGGCUUACGAUAUGAGCCGAGAGGGUCGGUCAAAGGCCAACACUUAGCGGAUUUCGCGGCCGAGCUACCACCGUCCGGCCAGGACGAGUGGAACUUGUAUGUGGAUGGAGCGUCCGGUCGAUCGAUUAGCGGAGCCGGCAUCGUCCUCGAAGGCCCCAAUGGAUUCUUACUAGAACACUCCCUGAUCUUCAAUUUCAAAGUAUCCAACAAUCAGGCCGAGUAUGAGGCCCUAGUGGCCGGCCUCGAGCUGGGGAAAGACAUGGGGGCAAGGAAGAUAACCUGCCGGACAGACUCAGAGCUACUAGUAGGCCAAAUGAAUGGCAACUUCCAAGUCCGGGAGGAGCGUCUAUUGCGGUAUUACCAACGAGCAACGGAGCUCGCAAAAGCGUUCGAUAAGGUUGACAUACAACACAUCCCCAGGGAACAGAACACGAGGGCUGACAUACUGUCUAAGCUCAGUUCUGAAAAAGAAAAGGGACAAUUAACUACUGUCGUGCGGCAAGUUCUACUUCAGCCUUCAGUGGAGUGUUCGGCGGUGUCCGGCGAAGGGAAAGAUUGGCGCACGGAAAUCAGAGAAGUCAUGACCCGCCAGGACGAAGGACGGACGGUACGACCGAGCGAAGCCAAGAAGGUCGCUCGGUAUCUUGUGGUGGGGGACGACUUGUAUCGAAGACGAUUCUCCUCCCCCCUUCUUAAAUGCUUGGGAGAGGCAGAAGCACAUUACGUUAUGGACGAGCUCCACAAUGGCAUUUGCGGCCUUCAUACAGGUUGGCAGACGCUAAAAGCCCGGCUACUGAGGGCCGGAUAUUACUGGCCUACCAUGGAAGCAGACGUCAGGGCGUUCGUCCAAAAAUGCAUCCGUUGCCAAGAGCAUUCCAACAACUCCCACCUACCGCCGCACGCAUUACAUUCAAUCUCAUCCCCCUGGCCGUUCGCCCAAUGGGGUAUGGACAUCGUAGGACCGUUCCCAGUAGGGCGGGCUCAGAAGAAGUUCCUCCUGGUGGCGGUGGAUUACUUCACCAAAUGGGUAGAGGCCGAGCCCCUGGCAACCAUCACGGCCGCCCAGGUCCAGAAGUUCUGCUAG